AUGCUGUUUGGAACCACGGGAGCGUUGCUGCUAAGAAGUUCAGUUCCCUUGAAGAAUUUGCUGCAGGAACCCUUCCUUCGUGGGGUCCGAAAAGCAGUCAUUUUAAAAAACACCCCCCAGGAGAGCAAAGGACACGGUGGACCGCAUGCACGCGCUGUGGGCCGAGAGGGUCCUUCUUAUUUGAUUCACAAUAAACAUCAAUCAUCACAACUACCGUAUGAAUCUCAAUUCUCUGGCGGAAAGAAUUCUUCGGCGAGAUGUUCAUCUUUGGUGAAUGAGCUGCCGGAUUUCAUGGAGAUUCCCAAGCCGCAUCAGCACGAUGAAUUAAAGGAAUGUGGGCAGAAGGUUUGCGCCGAAGAAAAUAAAAAACCCGAAAAGAAAUGGCUUUCUGUAGAGAAGCAGAUUGUACGACGGCUUGCCUUGGAUGGAGCUUCUUUGUUUAUUGGCGGUGAUGCCGGGACAGGAAAGUCCUUUUUACUGCGUUGUAUAGCCGAAUCACUUGAAGCGAAGGGUUUAACUGUUUUGGUGACGGCGUCUACGGGCAUAGCCGCAGUUGGAAUUGGUGGGAAUACAUUUCACAGUACAUUUGGUGUUCCUGUCACAUCUGACGAUGAGAGGGAUGCAUCCACGGCUGGUGCUGCACCUCACAUUUGGUACGAUACCGAGUCAUUGGCAGUGCCGGAUGUUAUCAUUGUGGAUGAGGUGUCACUUUUGCAUGCUGGUUACAUCGAGGCGUUGGAUUUGGCAGCACGCAUGGCUCCCGGUAGAUCACAAAAUAAACCAUUUGGUGGAAUUCAGGUCAUACUUUCUGGUGAUUUUUUGCAGCUUAUGCCCGGUCGCCUGUGGUCUAGGGGUAACUCCGAGCGUCUCUUUUGUGCGGGGGUGGAAAAAAAAGGCGUCAUACCCACUGGAGUGACGCCGGAGAUGGAGAAGCUCACCGUUUCCCAGGAAGAGAACUGUGCACUGGGCGUUUCGUCGCACCAUCUUCAACGCGAAUCUACUCUUCUUUCUGUGAAGCGCCGCCGCCAAUUGCUUCGUUUUUAUUGUGACCGUCCGGUCUAUGAAAGCGCUACUUUUGAACAUUGCCUGCUUCAUCUGCAGCUUUCGGAGCCGGCGCGUCAGAGGGAGGAUCCGAAGUAUCUCGAGGAUCUGAACAAACUGCGUCGUGGGAUUCUGACUCACCGACUUUCACGUUCUGCCGUGCAUAACCCUGAGGACCCUGAUGCCAUUCGACUGUUUCCAGUUAAGCAUGCGGUGACGGCGUUCAAUGCUUCAAAAAUGCUUGAAUUAACCGGUGAGGAACGUUGCUUUAAGAGCGAGUUUCACGUGACAAGUGGCAAUGGGGCAACGUCAUCUGCGAGGCGUUCCACAAGGGGCGAUUGCAGGACCUAUCCCGACCUGCUCGUUGUUCACUUCCGCAACAAACCGAUGCGCUCUGCGAACUGGCGUCGGCAAGCAGAGGAGUUGAUACGCCAAUUCUGUUCGCAGUGCAAGCUAAACGGCGCUGUACGAAUUCUGAUACCACCCGUUUCUUCACGUUACUCGCAUCAUUUAUCCGUAUACGUUUGCUUUUUGGGGCCGACAAGAAGUGUGGCAUCGAGUUCGAUGGCCGCACUGCGAUCCGCGUUUAACGAUAAUUUUCUUGCCAAAUCCAAAGAAGCUGCAGCAGCCCGGAAACAUUGGGGAACAAUUCUUUGGGAGGUGCGAAAGGUCGACUUUUUGAAACGUUUCCUUCUGUUUUCUCUGGAGCGCCGAUAUGCCAAAGUUAUUCAACGAGACCAAGUGCUUCAGCACAAGCGACUGAAGGUGGGAUGCCGCGUCAUGUUGCUGCGUAAUCUCAACAGAAAUUACGUGAACGGCUCGCUUGGGACUGUUGUUGGCUUCCAGCCUCUACACCAAGUUGAACAUCUUCUUCCGACGGACCUGAAGGUUCUGUUGCCACCGGGACAGUAUGCCGCCUUAAACCAUUUGAAGAGGCACUCGAGCCACAGACAUACUGCGGCGCAGAAGAAAAAAGGUGCCUGCAACGAUGGUCAUGGUGGGACGAUUGUUCCAGUUGUGCGAAUGGACUCGGAUGCCAAAGAGGUGGCCAUUCCGUGGGUCUCCCUUCCGUUGCCAUGGGAGCAGCGUGAGGGAUUUUACGCGGUGCGAAUCGUAGCCAUGCCUCUUACUCCGGCGUACGCCUACACUGUUCACAAAGUUCAGGGACUAACGUUUGAUCAUUCGGUUCUUUUUGACGGAAGCGGAUUUUUCCCCUGCGACCAUCUCAUUUACGUUGCUGCGAGCCGCGUAAAGCGCUUUUCACAGUUUCGAAUGAUCAAUGUUUCUCCCCGUAUGGUGUCCGUUCACAGAGGUGCUCUGCGUUUUACGUCCGGCAUUCCUUCCGUGUCCGAGGCAGCGAAGAAGUGGGCAGCGUGGAAGAGAACUGAGAAAGGAAAGGUAACAUCACAGCCCUCUAAAGAGGCUACCACUUUGUCUACGCUUCCCCCUGAUCUUUCUUUGUUUUGUGCCGAGUGGAAGCUGCGUCCUUAUGGACGAGCGAAACAGAAAUAG